GUCAUCGUGAAAAGGGCCUAUUCAGCACUGCUUUCAUUUCUAAAUCUGAAAGUGUAAAUUAGCUAUCGGCUCAAUAUUUCUACCAGCUAGCAAUGUCCAAAAUCAAGAACAUAAUUUGGCCUCAAAUCAUAUUAUUUGGCGACUCAAUCACACAGGUAAAUCUUCUCAUUCAGAAACGAUUUGUUUGUAGGGUUUAGUCCAUUUACAAAUUGGGUUAGCUUGCUAGCCAGCAACUUGACAGGUCACUACUCACUUUGUUUUGUUUAUUGUUUCAGGUUUCAUUUCAACCUAAUGGAUGGGGUUCCGAAAUGGCAAAUAAAGUAGUCAGGUGAGUAAUAUUUUGCGCACAUGGCAUACCUUUUAAAUAGUUGCACGCACCCUUCCUUACAUGCUUUACAUAGGGUUGGCAGGUUGCCCAUAGUCGUUCCAUGUCAUUUCAGGAAGCCCAUGACAUCACAGAUUGUUCUGAAAUCGUUUAUGUAGUUAGAAACAUAAGAUUAGCGUUCAUGCAACAUUAUUAUUAUUACAAUGUAGAAAAUAGUAAAAAUAAAAACCCUUGAAUGAGUAGUUGUGUCCAAACUUUUGACUGGUACUGUAUACAAUGAGCUGUUUGUAUGUGUCUGGUAUGAAAGUGAACUGUAUUUGCGUGUGAUCAGGGGUGUAUUCAUUUCGCCGAUUCGGUUAACGUUUCUUAAACGGAAGCAAACGGAACGAAACCGUGAUAAACAUACCUGAAUUUGUCUAAUAGAAACUUUCGUUUGCGACUGUUGGACUAAUGAUUACACCCUAGAUGCAGGCAAGAGUGUGCAAGGCGGUAUUGAGUGUGUCACGGUCUGUUACCUUGAUUACUCAAAAUGCUCUCGACCUGUGCACCUAUGUUGUAAACUUUCAUUCAUAGGCUAGGUUGUAGCAACCUCAUGAUGGGUACAGGGGAAAUUUGAGUAUCAUGUAGUAGCCUAAACCUGUCAAUGUUACAUUGAGCUGGGUGAAUGGAAUAUGAAUGACAGCUAUAAUAGAAAUAAGGCCAUGUUCAUAAAACAUUUGUAAAAAUCCUCCAUCUUACAUGGCACCGACCGCCACUGAUAUAGACCCUGUAUCAGUGGUUAGGGGCAACUUCCUGCUCUGAGAAUAGGGUGUGUGGUAAAUUAGGCCAAAUUGAUCAAACAAUGUCACUUUUGUCCACUAGAAAAUGUGACGUUGUGAACAGAGGGUUGUCAGGCUACAACUCCAGGUGGGCAAAGGUUGUCCUGCCUCGCCUCAUCUCCAAGGAAAAUGCUUCAAGCAACCACAUAGCUGCUGUCACCGUCUUCUUUGGAGCCAACGACUGUGCUUUAGAAGGUAGGGAAAGUGCAACCUGUUACUCUCAACCCAAGUGCUGGGCGGGCACAAAACUCUGCACACCCUUUGUGUCCCUUAGGACCAGGAUUGACAAACACUGCUCUUGCCAAUAUUAAGAGAUCUCUGUCCGAUAUUGUCUAAUUCUUUCUUUAGAUAAGAACCCACAGCAGCACAUCCCAUUGCAGGAGUACUCCGAGAACCUGAAGGACAUAGUCAAACACCUGGGGUCUGUGGGUGUGUCUGCAGACAAGGUCAUCUUCAUCACUCCUCCACCUCUGCAUGAGCCAGCAUGGGAGAAAGAGUGUGUCCUGAAAGGUUAAAGAACACACAUGCACGUCCACCAGAUAACAAUGUGUUCGGAAAGUAUUCAGACCCCUUGACUUUUUCCACAUUUUGUUACGUUACAGCCUUAUUCUAAAAUGAUUAAAUCGUUUUUUUCCCCUCAUCUAUCUACACACACUACUCCAUAAUGACAAAGCAAAAACAUAUUUUUAGAAAUGUUUGCAAAUGUAUAAAAACAAAUAAAAAAAUAUCGCAUUUACAUAAGUAUUCAGACCCUUUACUCAGUACUUUGUGUGCUUAGGGUCGUUGUCCUGUUGGAAGGUGAACCUUCACCCCAGUCUGAGGUCAUGAGCGCUCUGGAGCAGGUUUUCAUCAAGGAUCUCUUUGCUCCAUUCAUCUUUCCCUCCCCUGGACUAGUCUCCCAGUCCCUGCCGCUGAAAAACAUCCCCACAGCAUGAUGCUGCCACCACCAUGCUUCACCGUAGGGAUUGUGCGAGGUUUCCUCCAGAAGUGACACUUGGCAUUCAGGUCAAAAAGUUCAAUCUUGGUUUCAUCAGACAAGAGAAUCUUGUUAAUUAUGGUCUGAGAGUCCUUUAGGUGCCUUUUGGCAAACUCCAAGCGGGCUGUCAUGUGCCUUUUACUGAGGCGUGGCUUCCGUCUGGCCACUCUACUAUAAAGGCCUGAUUGGUGGAGUGCUGCAGAGAUGGUUUUCCUUCUGGAAGGUUCUCCCAUCUCCACAGAGGAGCUCUGUCUGAGUGACCAUUGGGUUCUUGGUCACCUCCCUGACCAAGGCCCUUCUCCCCCGAUUGCUCAGUUCGGCCGGGCGGCCAGCUCUAGGAAGAGUCUUGGUGGUUUCAAACUUCUCCCAUUUAAGAAUGAUGGAGGCCACUGUGUAUUUGAGGACCUUAAGUGCUGCAGACAUUUUUGGUACUCUUCCCUAGAUCUGUGCCUCGACACAAUCCUGUCUCGGGGGCUCUACGGACAACUCCUUCAACCUCAUUUCUUGGUUUUUGCUUUGACAUGCACUGUGAACUGUGGGACCUUAUAUAGACAGGUGUGUGCCUUUCCAAAUCAUGUCCAAUCAAUUGAAUUUACCACAGGUGGACUCGUUGUAGAAACAUCUCAAGGAUGAUCAAUGGAAACAGGAUGCACGUGAGCUCAAUUUCGAGUCUCAUAGCAGAAAUGUGCUAAGAUUUCAAAAAACCUGUUUUCGCUUUGUCAUUAUGGGGUAUUGUGUGUAGAUUGAUGAGUAAAAAAAUCAAUUUUAGAAUAAGGCUGUAACGUGAAAAAGGGAAGGGGUCUGAAUACACUGAAGACAAGUCCUAAUUCUUGCUCCUGAGCAAUCAAAUAACAAUGGCCUCAAACAGAUAUUGCACUUUUGAGGACUUGAAUGCUGUAGUGUUUGUGGUGCUGUAGUUCUAAUUGGCUUCUAUAUGUCUGUUAUCUCCUGUUUUCCUCUCUCCCUACAGGUAGUGCUCUGAACCGUCUCAACUCUGUGGCGGGCCAGUAUGCCCAGGCCUGUGUGCAGGCUGCAGGUCAGUGUGGGGCAGAUGUGCUGGACCUCUGGACUCUCAUGCAGAAAGAUGGACAGGUGAGACAUUUGAAUAGUUGUCAUUUUGAUGUUACUGUUGCUCAGCUUGUUCGACAACGCGCCAUUUAAAUGUAAUUUCCGAUCGGGCCAACAUAAGCAGCGUUUACUAUGAAUGUGGCGGGAACUUUAAAAAGUGCAUUGCUGACAAGGCACUAUCGGAUUGAAUCCCAGCCUUACUCUAGUCAUGUAACUCUAGUAUAGUGAUGUAUAGCCUCCUGUAGCUCAGUUGGUAGAGCAUGGCGCUUGCAAUGCCAGGGUUGUGGGUUCGAUUCCCACGGGGGGCCAGUAUGAAAAAUGUAUGCACUCACAUUUACAUGUGAUAAAGCGUCUGCUAAAUGACUAAAAUGUAAAAGUAUGGUAGUAGCUAUGUAACUUUAUCAACAAACAAAUAGUGCACAGUACCAGUGUCAGUAAUUGAAUACAACUUGCUCUUUCCUGCAGGACUUCACAGGCUACCUCUCAGACGGGCUCCAUCUCUCUGAGAAGGGGAACCAGUUUGUGGCACAGCAUCUGUGGAGGCUGUUGGAGAGCAGGGUGGAGGAGCUCCCCUUCAUCCUGCCUUACUGGGGCGACGUAGACCCUAAACAGCCAGAGAGCAGUCUACUGUGUGACUGAGAGGGGAAGGGUAGAGAUGAAGCCUCAGGUCCACCCAGUUUUAUGUCAGCUAUGGUAUUGGGAUGACACUGAAAGGGGUUGGAAUCAGUCUUCAUUCCAUCGGACUGAAAUGUAUAACACCAUGAUGUGACAUGUUUUAAAUGUUGUACAAUGUUUGAUUUCCUGAGGUCUGUGUUGAAACACAUAUUCUUUAUUUUUAGAAUGUGUGUUUCACUGUAAGCAAGAGGCCAGUUUAAAGUGGGUGUACACAUUUUAUUAAUUCAGGUCAUUCAGUACACCCUGAAAAUGAAAUGUAAGACAUACGGAGUUGAGGAGUUUCCCUCACAUCUCGGAGCAAAAACUAUGGUGUAGGCUUAUACUCGAUGUCUGCGGACCAUAGCCAAAUAUUAUAGCAAAGCUGCAGAAAGCCCUUGGCCCACAAGCAAGAAACAUUUCAACAUAUACGUAAGUACUCAUCACCUAAUAUAUAGGAAAUGGUGAAAAGACGAACAGUAUUUUGCAUAAUAUUCUACAAGCUGAUAGGUAUUCAUUCAUCAUUGGCACAUUAAUAUUCCAAAGUGGGGCUUACGGAGCUUAGAAAUUGCAUUUCCCAUUAGUAAGCACAAGUUCCAGCUGGGGUGAUAUUGUGACAUUCCCAUUGCCUACAGUACAUAAAGAAAUAAGGAGCGGUGGUCAACAUGAAAAACAUUUAGGCUCAACUUCAGAAAUAAGGCACUAGUCUUUUUUGUGUGGAUUAAAAUAAAUCAGAGGUUGGUUUACAAACAAUGUCUGAAUGAAUGAAUAGUCCCUCAUCUUCCAAUGUGUUGAAUGAAUGGUGAAAUAAAUCACUUACUUGCAACCUUUGGGAUGAAGAACAAAGUUCAUAGGUCACAACAGUGUAAUCAACAUCAGGCCAUACAACAAUAUAAAAAUGUAUCAUAAUUAUUUCACUACAAAUGAAACGGAACCAAUACUUGAAUAGAGUGGAGACAUACGUUUUAAAUUCAUGUUAGGUAAGUUUGAUGCAGCACUCUUUUCCUGUUGGGUUUAGAUUACCAGAGAAAAAUAUCUUCCUCUGCAACAGUUCAACCAGUCCCCUACGUUUUAACACUACCCUUUGGCAUCCAUUUAACAGCUGAAUUACUUAAGUAAAUAAUACAUGCAUGUUUUUUGACGAGGUGAAAAACCAGGAAAUAUCAGAAAUAAAGGCAAAAUACAUUUCUUACUGACAUGACAACAGAAAGUGACAUGACUAAACAGACAUUUAAAAUAACUUUUCUUUUCUUCAUAGCAUGAUUCAAAGAUGACACACUAACGCCUAACCAAUAGUUGAUACAGUCAUGGCAGUGGUAUACCAACCCAUUUGAAAGAACAUGUCCAAAACUACACUGUCUUGCCUGUAUCUGAGUGGGUGUUGCCAAAGAAAGCACUUGGCUUUGACUCUUGAAACUAACAAGGCACAAAUAAUUUCUUACCCACACACAACAUAAUUCAGUAUCUAGGCUAUUCUAAACUGCAGUCACUGGCGUCAGAACACUACUAUACUCAUAAUAAGCACCUAUUUUGGUUGUAGGGUGAGUCUUCCAAAUUGACCUUAUAAAAUCUAGAUGUAGCUAACCCCACGUGGUGGCCUCUUAAUAAGAGUCCUGCUAGAUACGGUGUUCUAUACACCACAGCCAGUGCUGUGUAACCAGUAUUAGUCUCUUCUAUGAGUGGGUGUCUGUGUGUACUAUAACAGUGUGUGCAAUGUUUAGUCAUGUAUGCAUGUACAGGUAUCUGCCAAACUAAAAGAAACUCUAACAAAGUCUUAAUAGGGUGUUGGGCCACC